GUGUUUUUGUCGUCCCACUCCAGCAGCAGCGUUGAAGCGGACUAUUAUUUAAAAGAUAUAAUAAAUUGGAUAAACGGUAUAAAUGUUGUGAAAACAGCAUGAGUAAAGACGUCUCAUUAAUGCACACGCUGUGGACAAAGAUCUCUGCUGUCUUGCCUAAAGAUGAGGAACAGUUUCCACUGCCGUUUGGGGCCAUAGUGGAGUCGAGUGUGGUGGAGAUGCUGAGAAGGUCCAGGCGGCAGCUGUACAGCGACACCACCAGCGCCAGCCGAAUGCUCACUGCCAAGGUCCUUUUGGAUUUUUCAUGGGAGAAACUCAAUACUGGAACAUGGCGCCAUGUGGACAAAGAAUGGAGGCGCGUUUAUUCGUACGGCUGCCUCUUCAAAGUGGCCGCUCUGUGCCGCGGAGAUCCGUCAGCAGAGGAUGUCCUGGAGGCUCUGAGGACUUGUGACAUGGGUUUACUCAUGGGGGCGGCCAUCAUGGAGGAUAUACUUCAGGUUAUUGUGCGGAUUCUGCAAGGUGAAGUCAGGAAGUCUACUAAAGGAGAAGAUGGUGAACACCCGCAGGUAAAGAGAAUAAAGAUGGAGUAUCCGCAUGUUCCUGUGAUCAGAGAGGAGGUGGCCAUUCCCAGGGUGAAGCGUCCUUCACUGGAGAGCUUCAACACAAACUACCUGCUCCCCCUCAAACCGCUCAUCUUAGAGGGGACCAUCGAGCACUGGCCCGCCCUCAACCAGCACCCCUGGAGCAUAGAAUACCUGAGGUCAGUGGCCGGCUGUCGGACGGUUCCUGUCGAGGUGGGGUCCAGGUACACGGACGAGGGGUGGUCCCAGACUCUGCUCACCGUCAAUGAAUUUAUCGAUCGAUACAUUAUAAAUAAAGAUGGAGUGAAAGGAUCAGGUUAUCUCGCUCAACACCAGCUUUUUGAUCAGAUUCCAGAGCUGAAGGCAGACAUCCGUCCUCCUGAUUACUGCUGCCUUGGUGAAGGAGACGAGGAGGACAUCACUGUAAACGCCUGGUUCGGCCCCGGGGGGACCGUGUCCCCUCUGCACCAAGACCCUCAGCAGAACUUCCUGGCUCAGGUGGUGGGAAGCAAAUACAUUCGCCUCUAUUCCCCGGAGGACACGAACAAGCUGUACCCUCAUCAAUCACAGCUCCUCCACAACACCAGUCAGGUGGAUGUGGAGAACCCGGACCCAGAGCGCUUCCCGGAGUUUGCCAAGGCUCCUUAUCUGGAAUGUGUGUUACAGCCCGGAGACGUGCUGUUCAUCCCCGUCCAGCACUGGCACUACGUCCGCUCCUUAGAGCUCAGCUUCUCUGUCAGCUUCUGGUGGUCAUGACUGCACAAAUCUUUAAUAAAAAAUAUACUUUUUGUACAAUUCA